AUGGGAAGCAAAUGGAGGAAAGCGAAAACGGCUCUUGGUUUGAAUCUGUGUCUGUACGUUCCUAGAGCUAUUGAUGACUCGUCGGUUCCAUCGGAGAGACUGUCUGAUGCUGCUUUGCUUUAUCCGACGAUGCCGAUGACGCCGACGCCUUCUUCGCACGGUUUGAGGUUGUCCAAGAGUUUUAGCAGAUCUUCGAAGAAGACUUGCUCAAUAUGUUUGGCUUCAAUGAAAAGGGGGGAUGGCCAUGCUAUUUUCACUGCAGAAUGUUCGCAUUCCUUCCAUUUCCACUGUAUUGCUUCGAAUGUGAAACAUGGCAACCAAAUUUGCCCAGUUUGCAGAGCAAAUUGGAAAGAAAUUCCUUUGCAGGUUCCAAGUUUAGAUCCUCCCCUGGGAAGGGCUAGAGUCAAUCCUAUCGAAUUGCCCCAAAAUAAUGCUUUGAUGGCUGUAAUUAGCCGACUGCCUCCCCCUCGUCCAAAUGGCAAUCGGCACACUACACUAUUUCAGGCUCCUGAGCCAGCUGUCUUCAACGACGAUGAAUCCUUAGGUCAUCAAUCUGAGUCUGCUGAGAGGACCUUCUCUAAUAAAAUUGCUGCAGAUAAUGAUUCACACAGAACAAUGAAGAUCCAAACAUACACAGAAGUUCAAGCGGUCCCAUGGUUCAAUGCUUUGGAUAACUUCACUGUCCUGAUCCAUCUCAAAGCUCCUAUUUCACUGUCAGAACAAACUCCCAAUAGCAAUCAGGCUAAUUUGCCCCACAUUUCUCAAACUGUUCGAGCUCCAGUCGACCUUGUCACGGUUCUUGACAUCAGUGGCAGCAUGGCAGGUACCAAGCUGGCUUUGCUAAAGCGAGCUAUGGGGUUUGUGAUACAGAACCUCGGUCCCAAUGACAGGCUGGCAGUCAUUGCCUUCUCGUCAACAGCUCGCCGCCUCUUCCCCCUUCGUAGGAUGUCCGACACUGGGAAGCAGCAGGCAUUGCAAGCUGUUAACUCUCUGGUUGCAAACGGCGGGACAAAUAUUGCUGAAGGCUUGAGAAAGGGUGCCAAGAUAAUGGAAGACCGAAGGGAAAAGAACCCAGUUGCCAGUAUAAUACUCUUGUCUGAUGGGCAGGACACAUAUACAGUCGGUAGUUCUGAUGGUAAUCAACGUUUACCAAAUUACCAGUUGCUCCUUCCUCUGUCUAUUCAUGGUGAAGAUACUUCAGGUACGAAGAUUCCUGUACAUGCUUUUGGGUUUGGCACAGAUCACGAUGCUUCUUCAAUGCACUCAAUUUCAGAGAUUUCGGGAGGGACAUUUUCUUUUAUCGAGAGUGAAGGUGUGAUCCAGGAUGCAUUUGCACAGUGCAUUGGGGGACUUUUGAGUGUCGUGGUCAAGGAUUUGCAUGUGAGUAUAGAGUGCGCGCACUCAAGUGUCCAUCUUCACUCUUUAAAAGCGGGAAGUUACUCAAAUUGUGUGAUGUCUGAUGGGCGCACUGGAUUCAUUGAUGUUGGAGAUUUAUAUGCUGAUGAGGAGAAGGAUUUUCUUGUUUCAAUUAACAUUCCAGCAGAGAAUUCAAGCAAUGAAACAACAUUGUUAAAGGUGAGAUGUGUUUACAACGAUCCCUUGACAAAAGAAAUGGUGACAUUAGGAAGUGAAGAAGUUAGGAUUGAGAGAACUGAAACAGCUAGACAAGAGUUAGAGUCAAUUGAAGUUGACAGGCAACGCAACAGGCUCCAAGCAGCCGAGGCAAUGGCACAAGCAAGAACUGCUGCUGAGCAGGGAGACCUGAAGGGUGCAGUAUCUAUCCUCGAAAUCUGCAGAAGGGUGUUGUCAGAAACUGUAUCAGCUAAAUCUCACGAUCGGCUCUGCGUUGCUUUGGAUGCUGAGCUUAAGGAAAUGCAAGAGAGAAUGGCAAGCAGGCAUGUAUACGAGGCAUCAGGAAGAGCUUAUAUUCUAUCAGGACUGAGCUCACAUUCCUGGCAGAGAGCAACAGCUCGAGGUGACUCUACAGAUGGGUCAAGUCUUGUUCAGGCUUAUCAAACCCGAUCAAUGGCUGAGAUGCUUAGUCGUUCUCAGGCUACUUUAUUGGGUAGUCCAUCUGCUCAGAGGCUUGUUCAACCAGCGUGGUCAUUUGCAUCACAACCAAAGCCAAGGUAAUCUAGGACUAUUUUGUAAUCUUUGAGUCACAACUAUAUAUAGUUUGGCGUGGGGAUAAGGUAAGAGAGACAAAAGAGCGUUUUUGGCUGUCAAUAUUGUUCCCGUUUUAGGUAUGUAAAAUAAUAAACAUCGGUAAAGGAUGGAAAAAUAUAAUGGGAGGAAAAGGGAUGUUAGGUUUUAUAACCUUCUGUUUUUGUUAUUUUUUUUUUCCUUGUGUUAUUGUUGGGGGUGAUGUAGAUAAGGGGAAAUAGUUUUCAUCUAUUGAGAUAAGUGGGUAUAAAGUUUGUAAUUGUGGGUAUAGGUGGGGUGAAACUAUUGACCAUGUGUAAGUUUCCUGCAAUGUGAUUCUUUUCACAAAGUUUUGUUGAUG